ACGCCAUAUGAGGGUCAUUACGGUAAGUCGGCGGUGCUUCAGACCAACAUGGCGCUGUCCUGUUCGAGCCUGUGUAGCCGCCUGUCUUUGGUCCGUCUGUUUGUCUUGAGGACAAACAGGACAACAGCAACAACUGGACUUUAUUCUUCGUACGUGUCCCGUGAGUCCAGGUUGCCUCUGUGUAGACUCUACUCCUCGACCAAAGUCAGGCAAGGAAUUGGUCGAUAUGUCGCCUCCAGGCUCCAAUGGGCAAAUAGCAAAUAUGAAGUAUUCCUCAAAAGGAGAUUUCCCCGUUUUUAUCAGAUCUACCAUACAUUUGUGGAAGGGUUCAGGUUAUUGUUCCGAGAUGCCAAAGAAGUGAACAGGAUAAAAAUAAAGAUGUUCUCUGAUGGAGUGAAGGUCCAGGAUUUACCGUACAGAGAGAUGGAGAAACUCAGACAGUUUCACAGGGACAUGAUAAAAGCCAUCCCACUUGUGGUGAUAUCAAUCCCUCCGUUUGCCAACUACCUGGUUUUUGUCUUGAUGUACUUUUUCCCCCGCCAGCUCCUUAUCCCUCACUUCUGGACUCCCAGUCAGCAGUUGGAGUUUCGGGCAGUGUACAGUUCCCUCAGAGCCCAGCACCACUGGCCAGUGCUCAAAGGGCUGGAGCACACAAGCCACCAAGUCAAAGACAGUCGGCUACAGAGUCACCUCAAAGACCUCUGCAAUAAAGUGCAAAGUGGCGUGAACCCUACAGUGUCUGAAAUACUCGCUGUCCGUGGCCUGUUUUCUGGACCCCCUCUGGGCUUAAAGCGGAUGAGUGUGGAUCACAUGAGGCACAUCAGCCCCCUGCUCUUCCUCUCACCCCGCUUCCCGAGUUCCCUGAUGGGCCGGCGGCUGAACAGCUACGCCCUGGAGCUGCUGCAGCUGGACCGUGCCCUCAUCAGGCUGGGCCCUCACCAGCUCAGUGACGUCGAGCUCAGACAGGCUUGUUAUGUGCGGGGGCUCAAUUCUGACCAACUUGGUGUUAACCAGUGUCAGGAGUGGUUAUCCCGGUGGCUCCAGAUAUCCUCUUCAUUAAAAGACUCAGAGUUGUCGCUGCUUUUGCACAGCAUUGUAUUUCUCUCAGCCAACUACCCCCAUGGUCUCAACAACAGGCCCCACUGACAGGAAGCCGGUAGCAAUCUGCUUCUUUUUUUUCCUGCUUACAUUGUCAUUUGUGUAGUGAGUGAUUUUUGGGUUCCAAAACCUCUUGAACCAAAGCUUAUCCUCAAGAAAUAUCUACUCUCAUCUCUGAACAUCUCUACGCAUCUGAAAUGAUAAAUACAAUUUAAGCACACUAUAGAUAACUUAAAUGAGAUAUGGGAUCAUACUUUAUGAGAACAAUCAGCUGUAAUUUGGCUUUUUUUGUGGUGAACUGAUUGUGUUUUUUCUCAUUGCCAUUGUUUGUUAUCACUUAAAUGUGCAGCCUUAUCAUCUGUUUACUUCUGAGCUAACAUGCAUUACAAAGUCAAAGAUAAAUCAGAUAUUGUUAUAUCAAAGUUCAGCAAAGCUUUUUAGUCUUCUGUAGUUAAUACCUUGCGAGAGCGAAGGUACAAUUGUUGCCACACAACAUUCCAAUCAUAAGAAUCCAUAUAAAAGACCUCACACACGAGCAUGUUCACAAAAGACUUGCACUGUAUUUUCUCAUACCUCACUUUGUGCUCUGCUCGUUUUUUAAUGUAAAGAAGUGCUUUAAAUUUAAUUAAGAAACUAAUUGUGUUAAAAGGGAACAAGUAGUCAUCAUCAAAAAUGAGCACAUUCUGCAUCCCAACUCGAGUUAUUGUGUGGUGAGACGCUGGACUGUCAUCCUCUUAAACCCUUUUUUGUGAUGCGACACAGGUUGUAAAAACUGUCUAAAAAAAAAAAAGCUUUAUUGUUUACUUGAUUUCUUGGUUAAGAGACUGAAUGACAUUCAAGCUUUUUGCCUACGUUCAGGUGACGGUACAAAGAGGAACUGCACAUCCCUUGUGCUGCUUGUAUGGUCUUGUGUAAAGUGUGUAAGAGGAAGAGUCAUUUGCUUCAUGUUCCUUUUGCAAGGACUGGCACAUCUGCAAUGUUCAGUCAAAAGUUAUUGUUUGUUAUGAUUUGCAAAUAUUUUAUAUUAUGUGUUGAAGUUUUGAAUGUCGUGUUGAAGUGCCAAUAUUACAUUGUUAAGAAGUGUGUCUGAAAUAAAUACCUACACGGUG